GCGUCAAGUGUGCGUGAAUGGUUUAUGACAAUAAAACGCCAUGUCCAGAUUGAAAACUUUAAUUUGGCCUCAAGUUAUUCUUUUCGGGGAUUCCAUCACCCAGAAUUCCUUUCAAGUGAACGGAUGGGGUUCCGGCAUCGCCGAUAAAUUAGCAAGGAAGUGUGACGUAGUUAACAGAGGACUGUCAGGCUACAACUCCAGAUGGGGAAGGAUUGUUCUUCCCCGAAUAGUGCAUCAGGACGAGUUGGCCAACAUCUCAGCAGUUACUGUCUUCUUUGGAGCCAACGACUGCGCCCUGCAAGAUAAGAACCCUCAGCAACACGUCCCUCUUCAUGAGUACUCAGAGAACCUGAAAGCAAUGAGCAGCUACCUGGCCAAGGCCGGGGUCCCUGCAGGAAAGGUCAUCUUCAUAACCCCUCCUCCAAUCCAUGAGGCAGCCUGGGAGAAAGAGUGCAAGCUGAAAGGCUGUCCUCUCAAUCGACUGAAUUCUGUGGCGGGUCAGUACGCUCAGGCGUGUGUUCAGGCGGCUACUCAGUGCGGCGUUGACGUCUUGGACUUGUGGACGCUCAUGCAGAAAGACGGACAGGACUUCACAGUUUACCUGUCGGAUGGUCUCCACCUGUCUGAAAAAGGCAACCAGUUUAUGAUGCAACACCUUUGGAAGCUUCUGGAGAGCAGAGUGGCUCAUCUGCCCUUCAUCCUGCCCUACUGGGGGGACGUGGACGCCGGGGUCCCUGAGAACAGCCUGCUGUGCGACCAAUGAAGAAGAUGGACAAGACGAUAUGAGGACUCUUAUUUGGAAGAGCUUGAACAACGUCACAUUUUCUGUAUGUAAUUAAAUCAUUUAUUGGGAUGUGUGUAAGUCAUGCAAGCAAUGGACAUGAAUAAAAGCAUUUCACUGAG